AAUAACUAACCGGUUAAUCUGAGAUCCCUGGACUAAAGGUAAAUUCUGAAUGACUUUACAGAAGCGAUAGAGAGCGAUAAACACUUAGUAAAGCGUUUCCUCACUAGUUUAAGACACAGAUUAUCUCUCUGCUCGUUUUGAGGUUGCCGGACAGUGGAUCAGAUGUUGCCUGAUAAAGAUGGACCGAGUGGAGGUGGAGUCGUUCAGGAUAAGACGGGCCCAGAAGAUCCAUCAGUGACUCUGUUCAGAGAAUAUCUGAGACUGAAGACCGUCCACCCUGAACCUGAUUAUGACGCUGCAUUAAGAUUUCUGGACCGGUUGGCAAAGGAACUUGGUUUGCCUAUGAAGAAAGUGGAGGUAUGUCCUGGACGAGUCAUUGCCAUCAUGACGUGGGUCGGCACCAGGCCGGAGCUGAAGUCGGUUCUGUUAAACUCACACACUGAUGUUGUGCCGGUUUAUGAGGAACACUGGAAAUAUGACCCAUUUGCUGCCGUUAAAGAUGCUGAUGGCAACAUUUUUGGCAGAGGAGCUCAGGAUAUGAAAUGUGUAACAAUUCAGUACAUUGAAGCACUUCGCAGACUGAAGACCGCUGGGAAAAGAUUUCCUCGCACUAUACAUUUAACAUUUGUACCAGAUGAGGAGGUGGGAGGUCAUAAGGGUAUGGAGACUUUUGUGCAGCACGCUGAAUUUCAGAAGCUCAAUGUGGGUUUUGCUCUUGAUGAAGGUUUGGCAAAUCCCACAAACAACUUUACUGUCUUCUAUGGAGAAAGAAACCCAUGGUGGAUUACGGUUAGCUGUCCUGGAAGUCCAGGUCAUGGCUCCAGGUUUGUGGAGAACACGGCAGCAGAAAAACUACGGCGAGUCAUAAACUCCUUCUUGGAUUUCAGAGAGAAAGAGAAAUGUCGGCUGAACACCAGCGAGUGUUUCACACUUGGUGAUGUCACGACUGUUAACAUGACGAUGGUGAAAGGGGGAGUGGCUUACAAUGUUGUACCAGCAGAAAUGGAUGUCAGCUUUGAUUUGAGAAUCCCGCCCACUGUCGACCUACAGGAGUUUGAAAAACAGAUAAAAGCUUGGUGUAAGGAAGCCGGUGAGGAUGUGACCUACAAAUUCGCACAGAAACACAUGGACCAGAGCACAACGUCCACAGAGGAGAGCGACCCCUGGUGGCAAGCAUUUAGCUCUACCUGCAAAGCUAUGAAUAUGACUCUGAUAAAGGAAAUCUUCCCUGCUGCCACAGACAGUCGCUUCAUCAGGGAAUUGGGUCUUCCAGCUAUUGGAUUCUCCCCGAUGAAUGUCACUCCUAUCCUCCUCCAUGAUCACAACGAGUACCUGAAUGAAGGAGUAUUUCUACAGGGCAUCCAGGUGUAUGAGAGACUCUUACCUGCGCUUGCCGGUGUGUCACCACUGAGCGGUGAAGAGUAAAAAUCAAUGCAUCUAUCAAACGCUUCUUUCUCUUGCGGUUUUAAGUAUUGGUGCUGACUUUCGCACAUAUCAAAAAAUUGCCAUAACACCAAAGAAUGGGUUAAGCCCAUCACAUUCAUACAUUUGAUUUACUUAACUCAGGAGUUUAUUUGUUUUAAUAAAGUCUUAGAUACACUUGUUAGACUGAAGUCUUACUGACCUUUACAUCUGUGUUGAGUGAUAAAUCUAAAAAUUAGAUGUUGUGUUUCAUUAACCGUUUAAUGAAUACACAUAAAUAAUUAGGCAUUUAGUGUCAUUAUAAAAAAUCAUUUCAGAGACACAACUGUAUAUUUGCUUGCAAUAGAUGCAUUAUAUAUUCUAAACAUGCACACUUGAUGCACAGAUACAAUAAAUGCUAUAUGCUGCAAUGCAUCUAUAACCUCAUGAUUACUGCGUGAUAUGAAAAUUUAUUAAAUUAUGCAAUGUCUUAAGUUUCUUCAUUUUAAUUUUGUAAUACAUUUGAAAUCUUGUAAUUUCUUGUACAAAUGUAAAUGGUUAAAUUUAAAAUGAUAGUAACAACAAUCAUGUUUUUUUCUUUUUUAUUUAAGCAUAAAUAUUGAAAUGAAUGCUUUUAGGGUAAAAUGUUUGGCAGGUGCUAAGUUGAACUUGAUUAAAGUUAACUGGUACAUAUAUAAAAGCUUAUAAGUGCCUCUAAAAAGUAUCUUGUGGUUAAAAAGAAUAAAUUAAACCAAAUAAAGAAAUACUGAA